GAUUAGAAGAAAAUCUUCAGACAUAAUAUUGUGGCUGUUAACUGAAUGGCUGCUUUAUUGUGUUGCAGUAGUAGUACCAAACUUCUUCUUCCCUUGUCCAUAAAAUCUAAUUCACUCCCACUUAUUAUCAGUAAUAGUAAUAUCUCAUCAAAUACUUCAUUGCUUUCUAGGGUUUCAUUUCAACCCUCCAAGACAUCAAGGAUUAAUAAUAAUAUUAGAUGCCAAGCUCAAAACUCAUUGGAUUCAACUGUCUAUAAAGGAAUUUACGGGCCAUGGUCUGUCGAUUCUACAGAUGUGCGCGAGGUGAUACUAUAUAGGUCAGGGUUAGUGACAGCUGCUGCAACAUUUGUAAUUGGUGGCUCAACUGCAUUUUUACCUGAUGAUUAUUUCUUAACCAAUGUAUUGAAACAAAAUCUUGAUGUGUUCUAUGCACUUGGAGCUGGAGGGUUAGGGUUGUCUUUGUUCUUAAUUCAUAUUUACGUUACUGAGAUUAAACGUACCCUUCAAGUGUUAUGGGCUAUUGGAGUUCUUGGUUCCAUAGUGGCCUCUUUAAGGCUUGCAGAACCGGUUGGUGAGAGCUUGCCACAAUAUGUUGUUGAUCACUCCAUGGCUGUUUGGUUUAUAGGGCCUCUCUUUGCUGCUUUGACAGGACUCGUCUUCAAGGAAGGGCUUUGUUAUGGAAAGUUAGAAGCAGGCAUUCUGACAUUUAUUAUUCCGUCAGUACUUCUUGGGCACCUGACAGGUUUGAUGGAUGACGGAUUGAAACUCAGCCUACUGGGUAUCUGGAUGGUUCUAUUCAGCAUUUUUGCAGCAAGAAAGUUCACCCAACCCAUCAAGGAUGAUAUUGGUGAUAAAUCUGUGUUCAUAUUUAACGCCCUCCCUGAGAAGGAAAAGAAGGAUUUGCUUGAGAAACUUGGACAAGCAGAUUUGAUGCAAGACAUUGACUAGACAAUAACUAGUAAGUAUAUAUGUAGAACUGUAGGGCACUGGCACUGUUAUCUUAAGCAGCGGUGCUGAAAAAUUGUACCGAACUAGGUCCACUAGUCAUAUAUAUAUAUAUAUAUAUAUAUAUAUAUAUAUUAUUAUCUGGCAUUCCUAAGCAAAUGAUGUAUAUUUUUGGUCUAAAUAAAACCCUCAGAAUAGAAGACCCGUUGGAAUGCAUUUGUCUAUUUUCGAUACUUCUUUAUACGUAAGAUGGGUGCUUGCAGCUUUUGCCUUGUCAGAGAUAAGAAAAAGUUAAGACUCCAUCCUAUGUUGUGCUGUCAUGUAAUCUCUCCUUGAUGUUUUAUUGGUCGUUAGUCACAUAAAACUCCUGCAGUGCCCGUGAAUAUAGUCACGGGUAUAAAGCCUAUAAUUUUGUCCUCCAAUUUUUUUAUUUAUGAAAAGGCAAGUCUUCUGUUGUUUUUAAUUUUUGGAUCUUUGGUGGAAGAGAUCACUACCUGAUCUAACUGACUCUGUUUACCUCUCUACUAGUAAAAGGUAGUAGUUGAUUUUCU